AUGGCCCCGCGCGCGGGACAGCCGGAGCUCCGGGGACCGCUGCUGCCGGGGCUGCUGCUCGUGGCGGCGGCGCUGAGCCCGCCCGCUGCACCCUGUCCCUUCCAGUGCUACUGCUUCGUCGGCCCCACGCUUCUGUUGCGUUGCGCGUCGGGCGCGGAACUCAGGCAGCCGCCGCGGGACGUGCCGCCCGAAGCGCGCAACCUCACCAUCGUGGGCGCCAACCUUACUGUGCUGCGCGCGGCCGCCUUCGCCGGCGGGGACGCGGAUGGGGAGGAGGCGGCGGUGGCCGUGCGCCUGCCGCUGCUGACCGCGCUGCGCCUCACGCACAAUAACAUCGAGGUGGUUGAGGACGGCGCCUUCGACGGGCUGCCCAGCCUGGCAACGCUCGACCUGAGCCACAACCCGCUGCGCGCCCUGGGCGGCAGCGCCUUCCGCGGGCUGCCUGCGCUGCGAUCUCUGCAACUCAACCACGCGCUGGCGCGGGGCGGCCCCGUGCUGCUGGACUCACUGGACGCGGCGCUCGCCCCACUGGACGAGCUGCGCCUCUUGGGCCUGGCGGGCAACGGGCUGAGUCGCCUGCCGCCCGCCGCGCUGCGCCUGGCGCGCCUGGAGCAGCUGGAUGCUCGCCUUAACGCGCUGGCCGGCCUGGGCCCCGACGAGCUGCGCGCGCUCGGGCGCUCGGACGACCUCCCCGGGCCGCGCCUGCUGCUAGCCGACAACCCCCUGCGCUGCGGCUGCGCCGUGCGCCCCCUGCUGGCCUGGCUGCGUAACGCCACGGAGCGCGUACCCGACGCGCGGCGCCUCCGCUGCGCCGCGCCGCGGACGCUGCACAACUGGCCUCUGCUGGACCUGGACGAGGCGCGGCUGCGCUGCGCUGACCGCAACGUCGAUGGUCGCGGGGAAGAAGCGGAAGCUGCCGGCCCGGAACUAGAGGCCUCCUACGUUUUCUUCGGGCUGGUGCUGGCGCUCAUCGGCCUCAUCUUCCUCAUGGUGCUCUACCUAAAUCGCCGCGGCAUCCAGCGCUGGAUGCGCAACUUGCGCGAGGCCUGCCGGGACCAGAUGGAGGGCUACCAUUACCGCUACGAGCAGGACGCCGACCCGCGCCGCGCGCCCGCCCCGGCCGCGUCCGCCGGCUCCCGCGCCACGUCCCCUGGCUCCGGCCUCUGA